AAAAAAGAAUUAAAUCUCCUCUCUUUGACAUAUAUUUAUUUCUUUUUUUUUUCUUCUUUACUGUUCUCUUCUGGUCUUCCCGGAUUUAAAGAUUUUAGUUCCGCUUGAAUUGUUUCUCAUUCUAUUUUUGUAUAUAGAACCAUAACAGCGGGGAGUUUCGCGCGUUGUAAACUUACAAUCUUAUGCGAUCGGCUAAAUGACUUGUGUAUAUAUAUAUAUAUAUAUAUAUUCAUAAUAAUUUCGCGGUGCACGCCGUCGUCUGGCGUUUUAUCAACUGACGUUAUUGUGUGCUUCCAAAAAUAAAUAUUUUAAUACGCGCGCGCACCCAUGACACGUGGGUGCAAAAAAUGAGAGAAAAAUAUAGAGAAGGAGUAAAAGAUGACGUUUUGGCCGCAUUUCCAUUACCUGCAUUUUUUAUUGUUCUUCAUUCUUGGAAUGGUUUUUUUUUUUUUAUUUUCCACGCGAACAAUGACACUCGACCUUUUUUAAACAAUUAUAACUUUGCCGAAAAUAAUAUCAUUGCACUCUUUUGUCUCAACAAAUUUUUUUUUUUACCUUUUAUUGUAAUAUUUCAGUUUUAUUUUUUCUGAAAAUAAUCGUUAAAAACAAAAUGAUGCUGUAUUUGUAUUCUGUAAAUACAAUUUUUGUAUAGAAAAACAAUUUUUCCCAUAAAGAGAAAUGGAGCGGUGCAAAUAAUAGUUUUUUCAUAUUUCUUUUGUGCGAUUAUAACGUUUAUAACUAAUAACACCUUUCUGGAUAGAAAAAAAAUUUCUUCUUCUUCUUCUUCUUCUUCUUUGUUGUCUCUUGAUUCCAUUUGACCUUUGAAAUAUUUUGUUCUGGCAAAAAUUCUGAUGUGAAGAUUUUCAACAUAUUGGACGCAAGUUAUACAAAAUACUGACAAUGUGUGUUACCAAUUAUAUUUAUAUACGUAUCACUCUCUACUUGGAAUUCUAUUUAUAACGUUCAAAAAACUUUUUGUUAUUUAUCAAAGUGCGAGUAUAAAAUAAUCCACAAUAAAUAAUAGAUAUAUAAAUUCACGUAUUUUAUGUAAAUUUUAGGAAAUUAUCCAAAUUAUCAUUACCAAUUUGUUUUUCUUGACAAAUUAAAGUCGAAUUCAUUUUUCUCUCUAAUAAUCCCUCGAAGUCUCGUGAGCAAACUAAUCUCGAAAUAUCGCAACGUUAUAAAUAAAUUUUUAUUUAGACCGUCUAAAAUCAAAUCUAAAAAAAAGUGCAUUCUUUCUUUUUUAGAAUAGAAAUUUGAGAAAUUGGAAAAUAGAAAAUAGAAUACAUUGGAUUAAUCUUGCGCGUCUGUUCCAAUUAUUGUUAUAUUAGGGAUAAAUUAAAAGUCCAGUGGGAAAUAAUUAUCAUAAGAGUGGAAAAUUUUUGUUUCAGUAAAUGGAUUUUUAGGUGCAUUUUUUUUUUCUUUUCUUUGAAAGAAUCGAUUAUUGGUAACUCGUGACCGAGAGAACUCGAUUUGCGACGUCUACAAUAGACGCGCGCGAAAUUGGCAAGAGUGUUUUGCAAGAUGAAGGAAAAGACAGACGUACUACAAGAGUUUGAGAAGCCAACAACUUAUCCACCCACCCAAUUCACCUAAACCGACUAACUCGACCAAUCGACCAGCCAGUCAGCAAUCCGCUUCUUCACCACACGCGGCGUGAAAUCGUCCUCAAAAAAAGAAAAAAAAAAAAAAAAAAAAAAAAGUACAGAAAAAUAUGCCAUUGAGCUCUACUUGUGAAUCCCUGAAAAUAAAUUUGUGAGGAAAUAUAUCUCCAGGUGCAUUAUUAUAAAAAAUCCAAUUUUUCGCUAAAGGAAACGAAAAUAAGAAAAAUUAAUAAACUCGCGAGGAAACUGAAAAAAUUUUCCUUUUUCGGAAAAAAAAAUUCAUAAAAGAAGAAAAAGAAAUUUUUUUUAUUUCCAGAGAGAAUUGAAAAAAAAAUCGAAGAAACAUACAAAGGAUUAGAAAACGAAAUUUUUAUAAUUUCGAGAAAAAAAUUCUAUAUUUGAAAAAAGAAUUUUUUAGAGAAGAAUUUUUAACGUAAAGAGUACAAAAAGCAAAAUCGUUAAGGAACGAAAUCAAGGAAAACUUUUAACUCACAAAGAAAUUUUCUUUUGGCGAAAGAAAAUUCAUGAAAGAACAAAAAAAAAAAAGUUUCUUUUAUUUCCAGAGAAUUAAAAAUUUUAUUUUAGAAGAAAAAAAUCAGAAACAAAUACAGAGGAUUAGAAAAGGAAAUAAAAAAAAGGAAUUUUCGUAAUUUUCUAAUUCUCCUGAGUAUAAUUUAAAGAGUUCAGAAAACGAAAUCGUUAAAGUCUCGAAGACGACAGAAUUAUUGAACUUAGAUGAAGAAACGUCAAAGAUCAAAAAUUGAUUAUUGACAAAAAUUAUUUAUUUGAAAAUCAAUUUGUCAAAAUUGAAACAUUUCAAACCGAGUUCAAAAAACAUUAAAUUGUUUAUUUGCCACCGACAGAAUUGACAUAUAUUUUUUUUUUUUUUUUUGACAAAUGAUGAUGAUGUAGAGCGGGAAAUCUUCAACUGUCACACAAAAGUGCACCUGGUGAGACAAAUCAAAUAUAAAUAUUUAUAUGUAUUUAUUCUCUCUCAUGACAAACUGCGCACUCUUCUGACCUUGUCGUUUGGGAAAAAUUUAGAAAAAUGUGCGAUUAUUAAAAAAAUGUUUCAAGUUUAAUUUUCUUUUUUUUUAAACAAAAAAAUGUUACGAGGUGGAUUAGCAAGACAGGCCAGUAUUUUGGCUGAUGUUUCUGGAAGUGGAAAUUCAAGUCCCGGAAGUCCAGUUGAUGUUGAUGGUCCCACGCGACCAAGGAAGAAAUUAUCAUUUAAAGAGCCAGAAUUUUUUGGCUAUUUAAAAUUAAAAAAACCAUUUACAAAAAAUAAACCACCACAGCCAUUAAUUGAACAUGUGCCUUCAAUUUCGGAGGGAAAUUUGACCGAUAAUCUAUUUGAUGAAGAUGAUGAGACAUUUAAAGCCGAACUUGAGAGUCAAGCAAUGAGAGUGGUAAGAACGGUGGGUCAAGCUUUUGAAGUAUGCCAUAAAUUAAGCAUUAGCGGAGCUGCCGAUGAUAAGGAGAGAGGAGGUGAAAAUGACAGAAGUAGUAGAGAUUUAGAAAAUAUUCAUCGUGGUGGCGAUGAUGAUUACGAUGAUCGAGAAGAAAUUGGAAGCGAUCAACCCCAACCUUCUCCAACUUCACUACAUAAAGAUAUGUCACUUUUAGGUGAUAGCGAAGAUGUUAUACCGGAUCAGAAUCAAAUGUCUUGUCUCCUGAGAUCUCAUGAGGUUCCAAUCACAACAGCUUCUGCUUCCCCUGUCGGUCAAUCACCAUCGUUCUUUUAUCAGGGAACAGUGGCAUCCGAAUGCGGUGGAUUGCUGGCAGGCGGUGAACUCACAGCGUUGAAGCACGAAAUUCAAUUGCUUCGCGAAAGAUUAGAUCAACAAAAUCAGCAAACUCGCGCUGCGGUAGCGCACGCGCGACUUUUGCAAGAACAAUUGGCUGCAGAAACUGCCGCUCGCAUUGAAGCUCAAACACAAUUGCUUGUUCAAAACAAGGAAUUGUUGGAACAUAUUGGUGCAUUAGUUGGUCAUCUUAGGGAACAAGAACGUCUUUCAAUUGGACAUAUAUCGGGACAAUCACAAGUGCCAGGUUCAGCGAAUGUACCAUCGCAAACACCGACAAUUCCCGAUUUACCCGGUCUCGGUCAGCGUCAAAAUUCGCCAUGGGAAUUGGAACCGCCGGCAUUUCCGUAUUCUUUUCAACCACUUCAAACUGAAGCUCUUUAUCCUGGAAAUUCGAAUAUGGGUCUUCAGGAUUUUCAAACUCAACUUCUCGAAAGACUUCACAAUAUCAGUCCCUAUCAACUUCAAAGGUCUCCUUACACCACGCCGUCUCCUUUUGCAAUGGGAGCAAGUUUGUUGAUUCCACCAAAUACCAGGCAUUCGUUGACACACUCCUCACAGUUUUCGCCAUUGAGAGUAUCGCAAACAAAUAGUUUCACCUCAUCACCAGUGAUGUCGCAAAAAAUGGAAAAUUAUAUGAUACCUGGUGGUGAAAAUAUAUUGGAUAAUAAUUCAAGUAAAACAUUAUUAACCGCAAUGGAUAAUAAUAAUCGAAAAAUUGGCGAUGUGAAAAAAGUGAAAAAUGUUUAUGAUGAAAUACCGCCAAUUGUAUUAAAUCCACCGCCUCAAGGAAGAAGAAAUGAAAAUUUAUUACAACAACAACAACAAACAUCGUGUUCAAAAAGUAAUAUGACAAUUCGUGAGGAAAAUGAAAUGCAAAAAACAAAAGAGAUGAGGGAAAAAAAAUUGGCGAGUGUAUUGAGAACACCUGGACCACCACCAUCGAGGACAACGAGUGCAAGAUUACCGCCAAGAAAUGAUUUAAUGGGACAGGUGAAAAGAACAACUUGGGCACGUCAUACAACAAGAUAAUUUUCAAAAAGCUGAGAAAAUUUUUAUUAGUAAUUUAUUUAAAUUAGAUUUUCUUUUGAUUCUAUUUUCAAAUUAAAUUGAAUUAAAGAUUAAAUUAAUUAAAUUGAAUUUAAAAUAAAUUUAAUAUUAAGACAUUUCAAUUGAAAAUUAAUUUAAUUAUAAUAAA